AUGAUCGGCCCAGAAUUAGAAGACUAUAACCAUCCAACUAAAUUAUUACUAGAAAGGCUUGAAUGUUUAGCACUUCAAACAACAUAUGAAAUUGAUCUUCCAUUGUAUGCUUUGUCAGCAAAUAAUCUAAUUAUACCAUCUGUCAAACUUGAUUUGAAACAAUUUGAACCUAAAAUUAAAGCUAAUGCUUGGCCUAAGGUUAAUAACAACACUAGUAAGGUUAAACAAUGCUAUAUGUUUGUUACUACUUUUCCAUCUUCUAAUUCAAGGAUAUUAGUGUUCACAAAGAGUGCAUCUACUCAUGUUUUUUUCAUCUUGUGA